CGAAAAGCGACUCCCGGCAGGAAGCAGCAGAAGUUUCUUCAGCAGAGACAGAGACAUAGAGACACGCAGCGAUGGCGGAUUCCUCCGAGUCAUACCACAUGGCCACCAGCCCCAGCCGAGCCUCCCGGAGAGGAGACCUGACGUCCAGCCCUGGACGGGACCUGCCGCCCUUCGAGGAUGAGUCGGAGGGGCUGCUGGGGGACGGACCCCUGCCCGGAGAGGAGGAGGAGGAGGGAGAUGGGGAGGAACUGAUCGGGGACGGGAUGGAGAGGGAUUACCGUGCCAUCCCGGCGCUGGAUCAGUACGAGGCAGAGGGUUUGGACCUGGAUGACGAGGAUCUGUCGGAGCUGUCGCCUGGAGCCCGGGCUGCCGCCGAGGAGGCCAUGAGGAGGAGGGACAGGGAGCAGGGAGUCAGUGGGCGGCUCAGGAGAGGACUGCUCUACGACAGUGAAGAUGAGGACGAUGAGCGCCCGGCGGCUCGACGAAGGCGUCUGGCUGAGCGGGCAGCAGAGGGCGUUGAGGGCGAAGAAGAGGAAAUGAUAGAGAGCAUUGAGAACCUGGAGGACAUGAAGGGCCACACCGUGAGGGAGUGGGUGUCCAUGGCGGCUCCCAGACUGGAAAUCUACAACCGCUUCAAGAACUUCCUGCGGACCCACGUGGACGAAAACGGCCACAACGUCUUCAAAGAGAAGAUCAGCGACAUGUGCAAAGAGAAUAAGGAGAGUCUGGUGGUGAACUACGAAGACCUCGCAGCCAGAGAGCAUGUUUUGGCCUAUUUUCUGCCAGAGGCUCCGACUGAGAUGUUGAAGGUUUUUGAUGAAGCAGCUAAAGAAGUGGUGCUGGCCAUGUACCCGAAAUACGACCGCAUCGCCCACGAAAUCCACGUCCGCAUCUGCAACCUGCCGCUGGUCGAGGAGAUCCGCUCCCUCAGGCAGCUCCACCUGAACCAGCUGAUCCGGACCAGCGGCGUGGUGAGCAGCUGCACCGGCGUCCUCCCUCAGCUCGGCAUGGUCAAAUACAACUGUAACAAGUGUAACUUCGUGCUGGGGCCCUUCUUCCAGUCCCAGAACCAGGAGGUGAAGCCGGGCUCCUGUCCUGAGUGUCAGUCCCAGGGGCCCUUCGAGAUCAACAUGGAGGAGACGGUGUAUCAGAACUACCAGAGAAUCACCAUCCAGGAAAGCCCCGGUAAAGUGGCCGCCGGCCGCCUCCCACGCUCCAAAGAUGCCAUCCUGCUGGCCGACCUGGUGGACAGCUGCAAGCCUGGAGACGAGAUUGAGCUGACAGGAAUCUACCACAACAACUACGACGGCUCUCUGAACAUGGCUAACGGCUUCCCGGUGUUCGCCACAGUGAUCCUGGCCAACCACAUCACCCGCAGAGACGAGGGCGUCGCCGUGGCCGAGCUGACGGACGAAGACGUAAAGGCCAUCGUAGCCCUGUCGAAGGACGAACGCAUCGGAGAGAGGGUCUUUGCCAGCAUAGCUCCGUCCAUCUACGGCCAUGAGGACAUCAAGAGAGCCCUGGCUCUGUCGCUGUUCGGAGGAGAGCCCAAAAAUCCAGGUGGUAAACACAAGGUGCGUGGAGACAUCAAUGUUCUUCUGUGUGGAGACCCUGGAACGGCCAAGUCCCAGUUCCUCAAAUACGUGGAGAAGGUGGCGAGUCGUGCGGUGUUCACCACAGGUCAGGGCGCCUCUGCCGUCGGUUUGACCGCUUACGUCCAGAGACACCCGGUCAGCCGUGAGUGGACGCUGGAGGCCGGAGCGUUGGUGCUGGCCGACCGUGGCGUCUGUCUGAUCGAUGAGUUCGAUAAGAUGAACGACGCCGACAGGACGAGCAUCCACGAGGCCAUGGAGCAGCAGAGCAUCUCCAUCUCCAAAGCCGGCAUCGUCACGUCGCUGCAGGCCAGAUGUACCGUCAUCGCUGCCUCUAACCCCAUCGGCGGCAGGUACGAUCCCUCCCUGACCUUCGCUGAGAACGUGGACCUGACGGAGCCCAUCGUGUCGCGUUUUGACGUGUUGUGUGUCGUGCGUGACACCAUCGACCCCGUGCAGGAUGAGAUGUUGGCGCGCUUCGUCGUCGGCUCCCACAUCAAGCAUCACCCCAGCCACAAGGAAGGGGGCGUGGCCUUAGAGGAGGUGGUCCUGCCCAACUCGUCCGACGUGCCGCCGAUUCCCCAGGAGCUCCUGAGGAAGUACAUCAUCUACGCCAAAGAGCGGGUUCAUCCCAAACUGAACCAGAUGGACCAGGACAAGGUGGCUCGCAUCUACAGUGACCUGCGCAAAGAGUCGAUGGCCACAGGAAGCAUCCCCAUCACAGUCCGUCACAUCGAGUCCAUGAUCCGCAUGGCCGAGGCCCACGCUAAGAUGCACCUCAGGGACUACGUGCUGGAGGACGAUGUCAACAUGGCCAUCAGGGUGAUGCUGGAGAGCUUCAUCGACACGCAGAAGUUCAGCGUCAUGAGGAGCAUGAGGAAGACGUUCGCUCGUUACCUCGCCUUCCGCCGAGACAACAACGAGCUGCUGCUCUUCAUCCUCAAGCAGCUGGUGGCCGAGCAGGUCGCCUACCAGAGGAACCGAUACGGCGUCCAGAACGACACCAUCGAGAUAUCGGAGAAGGACCUGCAGGAUAAGGCGAGACAGAUCAACAUCCACAACCUGUCGGCCUUCUACGACAGCGACCUCUUCCGCUCCAACAAGUUCAACCAUGACAGCAAGAAGAAACUGAUCCUGCAGCAGUUUUAAGAGCCUCCUCAAGCUCACCUCCCGCUCCUCCUCCUCCUCCUCCUCCUCCUCCUCCUCCUUAAAAUAGCGCUUCAUGAACUCUAUUUCUGGCCCAAAAUGGGUCAUUGGGUUUUCAUCAUGUUGGACUCCAGGGUGAGCUGUAGUUUCCUUUGGCUGUGAACUGAUUGGAAAUGUCUGAAGAGGGGAAAAUGCCUGGAAGGACAUUUUUUGUUCCGCUGGAGGAAGGAGGCAGUUUUCUCCCGACAGAAGAUUGUCCAGACGGCGUUGGUGCCCCGCGAACAUCAAUUUCGUUGGCGCUUAAGAUGCUGCGCUGAUCUAAUUUGAAAGAAUUAAAUCUUGAAGUAGCGGCAGACGAAGACGUGGCUGUGCGAAAAGAUCCUUCACAAAAACAGUGAAGCUCUCGCUGAUGCUUUAUUUCCUGUGGUUAAUCUGGAUGUUUGUCAUGACUCGAAAUAAAUACAGAGUCAGAAAGUUAAAUUAUCGCUUCGUGUUUAUACCUGAUGUUAUGCUGCGUCACCACGGAUGAAAUGAAGAGUCAGGUUCUGAAAUCGGAGCCAUUGUUUGAUAAAAAGCUGAACAGAUGGUUUCUGUUAAAAAUAACAGACUCUAACUUCAGAUCUUUGAGAAACAGUCAGCUGAUGUUCCUCAGGUGUUUUCUGUGUGUAUGUGCCCUCAGGUGGGGCGGACUGUAAAUAAAUGUACAUGUUUUUGUUCGUGUUGUUGAGGAAACAAGAUUUAUUGCUUCACUUACGUUCAUCUGUCAGUAGCUGCUGUGGAGACGGAGGAAGUUUAACGGUCGGUCACUCGAGAUUUUUGUGUUUCAAGCCUUUUAUUCUUGGUCCCGUUGUUAGUGCGUUCACAUGUGAACUGACAAAAGUGCAGAUUUAAACUUGUUGGAUUGUUUAAAAAAAAAAAAAAAGUACUUAAAAGGUUAAAACAAACCCAUGUUUGAUGUUUCUGCUGUUGGUGUUCACUUGAU